AACAGCCGGGGUUUCUGAUGACGUCAUGCAGGAAAGUACACACUCUGAAGCCACAGCGCUGCUGACCUGAAGAACAACAAGACCCACAGUCACAUUUCUACACUCAGCAGCUCAUGACAGCGUCGUAGAAACACCAAGUACAGUUGCAGCAAUGGAGAAACCUCCCUUCAGGCAGAACCAGAGCUGUGGUGACUGGGAGCUGAAAGAGAGGCUGGGUAUAGGCGGCUUUGCCCAUGUUUACCUCUAUCAACAUCAUGAAACAAAUGAAAAGCUAGCUGUGAAAAUGUGCCGUCUGGAGCUCACACCAAGGAAUAAGGACCGAUGGAGCAGAGAAAUCCAAAUCAUGAAGAAGUUAAAUCACAUAAAUGUUGUGACAGCCCGGGAUGUCCCAGAGGAAAUGACGCACAUAGCCUUAAAUGAUCUCCCACUGCUGGCCAUGGAGUACUGCUCCAGGGGAGACCUGAGGAAGGUUCUGAGUAAACCUGAAAACUGCUGCGGUUUGAAAGAGAGUGAAGUGCUCUCAUUGCUCAAUGAUGUUGGGUCUGGGAUUCAGUAUCUGCACGAAAACAAAAUCAUCCACAGAGACCUUAAACCUGAAAACAUAGUACUGCAAGAUAUCAACGGAAAGCUGGUUCACAAAAUCAUUGACUUGGGCUAUGCUAAAGACCUGGACCAGGGUAGUCUGUGUACCUCCUUUGUUGGCACACUGCAGUACCUGGCACCUGAGCUGUUUGAGAAUAAGCCAUACACUGUCACUGUGGACUACUGGAGCUUUGGCACCAUGAUAUUUGAAUGCAGUUGUGGUUUCCGUCCUUUCUUACACAAUCUUCAACCUGUGCAAUGGGCUAGCAAAGUGAGGAAUAAAGGUCCAAAAGACAUAAUGGCUGUUGAAGAACUGAAUGGAGAAGUGCGAUUCUCCACACACCUUCCAUACCCCAACAAUCUCAGCAGGACACUGUUGGAGCCAAUGGAGGGACUGCUUCAGCUGAUGUUAAAGUGGGACUCUUUCCAGAGAGGAGGCCGAGUGAACGGUGACACCAAGAAACCUCAGUGCUUUGAAGAACUGGAGCAAAUACUGAGUAUGAAGGUUGUCCACAUCCUGAACAUGACCACAGCUCAGGUUCACUCGUUCCAGUUGACUCCGGACGAGUCUCUCCACAGUCUGCAGAGGCGCAUCGAGUCGGAGACCAAGAUCGAAGUGGUGAACCAGGAGUUGCUGCAGGAGACCGGUGUGUCCCUGGACCCCAGGAAGCCUGCGGCACAGUGUGUCCUAGAUGGAGUGCGAGGGUGGGAUAGCUACAUCGUCUACCUGUUUGACAAGAGCAUCACCAAGUAUUCUGGUCCCUUCAGUGCGAGACAGCUACCUGACAAAGUCAAUACUAUCGUCCAAGAGGCCAAGACCCAGCUGCCCCUGGUAGCAUUGAAGAAGGUUUGGGGUGAAGCAGUGAGCUACAUCUGUGGUCUGAAGGAGGACUACAGCAGACUCUUCCAAGGACAAAGGGCUGCGAUGCUGAGCCUCCUGCGCUACAACACCAACCUGACCAGGUGUAAGAACAGCAUGUUUGGGUUCUCGCAGCAGCUGAAAGCCAAGUUGGACUUUUUCAAAAGCAGCAUCCAGUACGACCUGGAAAAAUACAGCGAUCAGAUGCACUAUGGCAUAUCCUCUGAAAAGAUGCUGAAAGCCUGGCAGGAGAAUGAGGAAAGGGCUGCGGCUUUUGCACAGGUGGCAGAGGUGAGCCACUUAGAUGAUGAGAUCAUGGCUCUUCACUCUGAGAUAGUGGAACUUCAGAGGAGUCCUUACGCCCGACGCCAAGGAGACAAGAUGGAGCAGUUGGAAGAUAAGGCCAUCGAUCUAUACAAGCAACUGAAGAUGAAGUGCAAAAUACCUGAGCCAGAUGUGAGCAGUGACAGCUCAGAGAUGGUGAAGGCCAUCAUUCAGACUGUCCAGAACCAAGACAAGGUCCUCAAAGAUCUGUACACCCACCUCAGUAAAAUCCUGAUCAGCAAACAGAAGAUCAUUGACUUGUUUCCACGAAUUGAGAAAACCCUGGAGAGUAUUAAAGAUGCAGACAACACCGUGAUGCAGAUGCAGAUAAAGAGGCAGAGGGAGUUCUGGCACUUACUGAAGAUCGCCUGUGCUCAAAACUCUUCACGGAGCUCGAUAGCAGCCAGUCCCGAGUCGUCCAACCUGCUGCAGGUUUCCCAGUGGUCACAGUCUGCUCAACCUGUCAGCUCCCCGCAUCCUUUAAUCUCCUUACCUGGACCGAAUGAUAGUGACGCUGCUCCUCGGCUGCUGCAGGAGAACCAGAAGUACCUCAGUCAGCUGACAAGCCUGAUGCAGGAGGCUGCUGACGAUCAGGCCAAGAGCAUAGCGGCGCAGUCGCUAAAUGUGUGAUCCCCAGUCCAAAAUCUGCUGACUCCAGUCGGACAGUGUGUUCUCCAAGUCUCUUCAAAAUUGGUAAUGACUGUGAAAGUUGUGUAGUGUGUCCCCAGCUCAAGUGGAAAGAAGGAUUUCUGAACACAAAAGCACCAUUGGAGUGUAGCUGCUGCUUUCCAGUUUUUUUUUUUUUAUAAAAACACAUUCCUUUUUAAUUCUUGUUUGUUGUUUCCAACUAUUGACAUCGUCGUGUUUUCCUCAUUCAAGGACCAAGACUGGAGCUGGACAAAGUACGAUACUUUAACGACAAAAUUAAAAAAGCGAAACGCGUAAGACCUGUUGCCGUCCUCCAUUCCUGCUUGUGCUCCGAGUAACACUAAGGACUGUAAGCUGUUGACACAGCGGACGUUGUAUAGUUGUACAUGGACUUGGCUAUUCUCUUAAAAAAUGGUUCUCUUGAUCUUCUUUUAAAAAAAACAAAAAAAACAAACCUAAGUGAGUGCAGACAUGCUCUGUGAUGUCUGUCCACUCCCAUCGACUCACAUGGUGGAAGGUUCAAUCAGUUGUUGUUUUUUUCUAUGAGAAAACAAAUGAAGCCGUGUCUCUCUCUCUCUCUCUCACUCUCUCUUUACUCCUUUUCCACACACUAUUCAUCAAAUCUCAUAAAACCUGAUACUCGUUUAUACUGUUGUUGCAAGAAACUGAGCAAAAAUGUAGCACCGGAUUUGAGGCUUUUGGGGUGGAUUCAUCACAUGAGGAGAAUGUUUGACAGAAACAUGGGAACUAGCUCAGCGUCAUGACAUACAAGGGAAAGGCAGGAAGUGGCGGGGGGAGGAGGAGGAGGAGGAGGAAGGGCGGACGAGCGGCCGUGGAGGAGGAGGAGGAGGAGGAAAUUACAGUCAAGCAAACAGCACUUUGAUACUCCCGUGUGUCCUCUCAGCGAAGAGAUGAAACGUUCUAUGCUGCCGAAACAGUCAGAGAAAUUACAGUCAUGACGAGACACAAGCUGUCGCUCGUGAUCAAUUUCAUAUAAUUUUACUGUAAACAUUCUGGUAUUUAGAUUCUCUCUCUACAUAUUGUUUUUGUUUCAAGUUCUUUUUAAAAUAAUGUUAUAUAUUAAUAUGUUUGAUGGAUGCGGCUGGCCAUUAUGUUUAUACAGUGUCUAUAGUGUACAUCUGUUUAUGUUUUGAAUUAUAGGUUUUUUUUGUGUGUGUCUCAUUUAUGCACACAUACUGUUUCACUGGAGAGUUAAUGCUGCGUUCAUGUCAUAUAGAGCGAAAACACUCGAUUUAAAUAGAUAGAAUUGGCAACUUGAACCAUUUUUCCAAUGAUAAAUAAAAGUGAAAGGCUCUGGUAAGUUUUUACUUUUAUUUAUUUAUUUGUUUGUUGAUUGCAGCACUCAGAGUUUUGGGAAAGUAGGGACUUUUCUGGUCUUUUUUUGUUUUUGUUUUUAUCAAUUAUUUAAAAAAUUAUGUAUUUGUUGGUUGAGCAAUACAAGCAUUGAUGGAUGGAAAAAGUGUUUUCCACUCAAAGUCAGCAUUGCGUCGGAGGUGCUUCUACAAUAAAUAUUCAUGUCAUCAUUUAAAAUCAUCCUUUAUGUUUAGUUCCAUUUUUGUGCGGAUUGUGUGGAUGCAUGAAUGACAUCACACACCCAUCAUUCAGGGGAGCUAAACACAAAUUGAAUUGAGUUUUUCUUUUCAUAAUUCAUAAUUCUAAAAUAAUUCUGUUCCAGAGCCACCUGUGACAUAUUUUCCAACCUUGUUCAAUCCAUCCAUAAUUAAAAAAAAUGGAUAGAUAUUCAGUUUACAAUGACCUAAAACAGACCGUUUUAACAGAAUGUUAUAGAAAAAAACCUGAAAUAAUCGAUCAAUCAUGUUUAUCCAAUAUUUCUUUGUUGGACUUUUUGCUCUAUUAAUCUUCAAAGUAACUUAAUUGGCAAAUGUUUGAUAGUUCUGACUUUUAAAUAAAUAAAUCUUAUUCAUUUCUUUGGGUUUUUGACUGUUGAUCAGAAAAAAGACGUUUGUUGCAGUAGUACAAAUGAACUGGCUGUGAAGCAAAUGACGCACUAAGCAAUCGCAAACGUGGGACUUCCUCUGUAACAUGAACCCCAUAUGCCGUAAACGCAGCAUUUUUCAUGGUGGAGUGUUUGUUGGAGUUUGGUUUUCAUCUUUAAAAAAACGCUGUAGCACAGUUUUCAUCUUCACACGCUGAUCCACGGUGGCGUGACGUGACGUUGAAUGAGUAGAGCCGAGAUUCGCCAAGAUAUCAAAAAGAUUGUCGGCCAGAGAGGAAUGAAAUUCUAAGUAUGUAUUUAUGAAGUUGAAGUGCAAUGGAGAGAAAACAAAAAAAUAUUUUUUAUAUUUAAGUCACUCGGAUUAGUCGGUUUUCUUUGGAUCCACCCGAUGGUUGAGACUCGUCUCUGAAUGUUUAAUUUUUAGAAAUGUCAUUGUAUAAAAGAUCCAGUGUUUGCCUGGUAAUAAAAAUAAAGACUUUGGCAUGAA